AGCGUGCUAUACAGAGCGUCUUCCUUUCGGAAAGCGCGUACCCAGAGGGAUGUCUAUACUGGGAUGGACACCUAGUCAAUGUUUGCUGUCUUCCUCGAGCUCUCACAGACACCACAGGAGGCGAGAAUACCAAUAUCAUCACACUCGCUACAACGCCUUGCCUGGCCAAAGUACAUUUACAAAAUUCUCAAACUCUACACUCGUUACAGCUUCAUCUUCAUAGCAUCUCUUCCAAACUAACGCUUUCAAUCGACAAGCAAUCAUGGCGGACGAAACUGUUCAGGAUCAGGCUGUCAGGGAGCCCAGCUUCCCUGUUGAUUACAGUUAUGUGAUCGAAUUUAUGGUCGGACAAGAGACGCCGGAAUUCGAUUACGACGCUUCGCGACCCCCAAGACUUUGGGCCUGUCCCGUCCAAGAAGAAGACCCUAGCGCUGCUAUCCUGGACAAGUGCAAGGAUUUGCUGGUGAGAGCGGGCGAGUCCGUAGCCAUCUGUCGGGACCCUUCGUCUCCCGAUACGAGUAUAGAAUAUUUCUCUGAAGAGAAUGGACCGCCCAUGGGCUUAGGGGGCCACUGGCUCAUCGAACCCUCUCCCACCACUUAUUCAAGGCGACACAGCCCCGAGGCGUAUGAAUGGUAUGGCGUGCGGCUUCGCAGUCCAACUUACCGCGAACUAGAAGCUGUGGAUAGGAUGACUCCAGUUCAAUGGAUCCUUGCCUUAUUCCGAUCAAGAGUCCUGAUUCAUGUCAACUCGACGUGUAGAUUCAACGUUCAUGUCAAGCCCGCACUCAUGCCAAUCUCUCUGCUCACUGCCAAAAAGAUGACGACACUCGUGUGGGUUCUUGAGAAGGAGUUGCUUGAGCGCGUCUGCCCCAAUUCUUACGGGUUGCCGUACCCUCAUGUCAAAACCCUGGAAACGUGUUCCCGAAUCUCGUCUCUCGUCUGGUAUGGCUCUGGAGGAAGAUCCCGUCAACAAGAUCCCCUUAGGGCUGCAAUCUCGAAACAGCAUCUUCCCGACCUCUGCAACAUGGACCUUUUAACCAGACUCGAACUCGUAUGGGAUGCUGGCUCAACCGGCGAACUCGCCAAGGGCCUUCUUGGGUACAAUGGGGAUGCCACGUCGUUUGCUAUACGGCCUGCUGGAAAGUACACUCAUGGCCCCACGUUUGAGUUCCGCUAUAGCCUUUGGCAUCCUUACGACGACCUGGACGCAUCCCAAUACUGGAUUGACUUGUCCAUUCGCCUCCUACGGGCCACAGCGCAGAGUGCCGACAGGUUUAAGCAGUACAUCUCACAGUUGGAUGACUUGAUACACGGCUUCUCAGUUAACAGCACGCCCCCUACGCAUCGAUGGAAAGCGCUCUUGUCGACGCUUGGAUUAACGGAGGAAUGGUCUGCUCCCUGGGAGGCCAUCGUUAAGCACUACAGAGCUGGCCAUCAGCUUUCCUACCGAUUCAUCGAUCGGCAACAGUUUCUGGUACCAUCUGAGUUGCGGGCCCCAGGACGGCAUAAGGUGCAACGAUGAAGUGUCCUCCACCCGACUUCUGCGUUUUCUGCAUUCUAAUUUGCUCAGCGCUCCUUGACAGCGAAUGUUGUAUUUAUUGCCCUUGGUAAUGGGACUUUCUGGCAUAGCUUGAGGGUCGUCAUGAGCGCUAGAUACUGAGUUAUUCUAUAGCAAUUAAGGCGUGUCUGCAACAUGCCACCUGUUC